UUGGGGUUUAUUGUGUUAAUUUAGUGAUUAUCAAUCCCCAUUUUGUUCAUGAAGCAAAUGUUGUUUCCUGAAAGUGAAUGCCUGGGGCUGCCCAUGGCUUCACCUGCAAUAUCAUUCACGGGAGUGUUAAACGGUGUGAGGUGAGGCCAUCCUUAUUACCAUCCCCUUGUUAUGUGUGCCACCCAUAUAUAAACAUUGCCAAAUCAGAAAAAAGGAAAGAUCUUUUUGGAUGAAUUUUCAUGCCAACCCCAUCCGAGUAUCUGUGUAGUCUGUGUAGUUUAAAAAAGGGAAACGUAAAUUGAGGGAGCUGGAUUUACGAAAAUCCAGAAGUGCUUGAGGUGCGGUGGACUUAUUCGUGGUCAAGAGCACUCCUCUCCGAUAUAAAAACAGAACAGGCCCAAACCCUUUGAACACCAUUUUUCUCCAAUCCUUAUCUUCUUUCUCACUUCUCUCUUGAAACGAGAUCAGAAAACAUGCACGACAUGUUUUGCGCCAAAAAUUUAUCCGCUUCAGGAUUACUAGGAUGCAUUAUGCCUUUUCUCCCCUUUAGGAAAUAAAGGAAUGUUAUGUUCUGAAUGAUAUAUUACUGCAAUGACUCUGCGGAUGGAAGGAUGCUUAUUCCAAGUUUGAUUCUAUCUAUUGUAGAUCUUUUCCAUCAGCAUGUUGCUGUCAUCCAUAUCAGCUCAAAAUGCAAUUAUGUUCCAAUUUCCCAAAAAUCAAGUGUGGAUGACAGAUUACUGGGCCAUUUAAUUAUUGUUGUUAGUUCAUCUUGAUGGAAUGAUAUUUUGAUCUUGAAAAAGGUCAUCAUUAGCAAAUUGGAAGCUGCAAGUUUUUGUAUCUGCAAUCGAAGGACAUAUUUGUUACUUCCUUCCCAUCAAUUGAUCAGAAUCAAGGUUCAUGUCUGAACUCGACGUCCAUAUUCCUACCACCUUUGAUCCAUUCGCUGAGGCAAAUGCUGCGGAUUCAGGUGCUGGAGCUAAGGAAUAUGUGCAUAUACGCAUACAACAGCGAAAUGGUAGGAAAAGCCUGACAACUGUCCAAGGUUUAAAGAAGGAAUUCAGCUAUAAUAAGAUUCUGAAGGACCUAAAGAAAGAGUUUUGCUGCAAUGGUACUGUUGUCCAGGAUCCAGAGCUUGGUCAGGUUAUUCAGCUUCAAGGUGACCAAAGGAAAAAUGUUUCCACCUUCCUUGUUCAGGCAGGCAUAGUGAAGAAAGAACACAUCAAGAUUCAUGGAUUCUAAGCAAAAGCAUCUUCAUGCGGUUACAACAUCCUGCUACUAUAUUUCAAGCAUUGAUAUAAAAUAUAUGGACUCUUCAAUCUACCUCAACUUCAUGUAUCGUAAAUCUCUGUUAUUUUCAUAUUGUUGAUUUCUUUUGGACUCAUUGCUUUGUCUUCACAUUCAACUGUUAAACACACAAUUGUUUUGUUCUCGGUUCAGAAUAUGAAUCAUCAAAAUUGAAAUGGAAAUUGAUGCAGUGGCUUUACGCUUACCUUUACUGUUUUUAUCUAGCGGCUAGAUUCUAGCCUUUACAUUUUGUCUACACUUCUUACAGUCCAUUCAUAAUUUAAGUGUAUGAUAGAAUGGUGUUAGUACAAAUUGUCUGACUAAAAAUUUUAAAUUUUGCACCUAGUUUGAAUUAGCAAAUAAGCUUAUUAAUUAGUUUUAGCUUCAUUAUUUAUAUCGUAAAUUUAUUUUGAAUCAAGUCUGUGCUAAUCUUGUGUAAUCAAGUUCAGUUCUUGUUCAAGUCCAUCAACUCUGGGCAGUGGGGAAAUUGAGCCCAGGCUUUUUUGGGGCAUACUUCAGAUUACCUAAGCAUUGAAGAGGAAAUCAUUAUUAAUUAUGAAUAUUGAAAGUUAUCCUGUUUUCAAAUUAUUAUUCAAUCACAACUACCAAUAGAACAAGCAAUCUAGCAUCCUGGGUCAGUGGUUCUACUCAAAAUCUCAUAAAACAGUGACUGCUGAUAGAGAUGCUUCAGCUGUAGAUUUCCAGCAACAAACUUUCAAGGGUGUAAUGAGAAGCUAAUUUGAUAUUUGCUGCCAUUUUCAAGUGGCAUCCAGGAAGAGUAACCUGCUAUCCUCAUGUAUUCUCAAAUGUAUCAAGAAUUAAAUGCACUUUGAUACAAUAUAUAUUUGUAUAACAGAAUGCAUGAUGUGUUUUAUGUUC